CUGCCAGAGAGGGACACGCGCCCGGCUCCGCGCCCUCCGUCGGCCACCGGCUCCGCGCCCUCCGUCGGCCACCCUCUCCGCUUCGGAUACGGGCCGGGCGCGAUGCGGUCUUCCUUGGCUCCGGGUGUUUGCUUCCUGCGCACCUUCUCCAGGGACAGCUGGUUCCGAGGCUUCAUCCUGCUGCUGACCUUCUUCAUCUAUACCUGUUAUCACAUGUCCAGGAAGCCCAUCAGUGUCGUCAAGAGCCGUCUGCACCAGAACUGCUCGGAGCUGGUCAAGCCCAUCAACGACAGCUACAGCCUCAACGACACGACGUGGUGCGACUGGGCUCCAUUUGAUAAGAACAACUACAAGGAGUUACUGGGGGCCGUGGACAACGCCUUCCUUGUGGCCUACGCCAUCGGCAUGUUCAUCAGCGGGACUUUUGGGGAGCGGCUCCCCCUCCGUUACUACCUUUCAGCUGGAAUGCUGCUCAGUGGCCUUUUCACCUCGCUCUUUGGCCUAGGAUAUUUCUGGAACAUCCACAUGCUCUGGUACUUUGUGCUCAUCCAGAUCUGUAACGGACUUGUCCAGACCACAGGCUGGCCCUCCGUGGUGACCUGCGUUGGCAACUGGUUCGGGAAGGGAAAGCGGGGGCUCAUCAUGGGCAUCUGGAACUCACACACAUCCGUGGGCAACAUCCUGGGCUCCCUGAUCGCUGGCAUGUGGGUGAACGAGCAGUGGGGCCUGUCGUUUGUGGUACCGGGCGUCCUCACUGCUGCCAUGGGUGUCCUCACCUUCCUCUUUCUCAUCGAAUACCCAGAAGAUGUGGACUGCACGACUCCUCAGCACCACACAAGUGAUGGGCUGGACGAGAACCAGGACAACCCUGCGGACCUUGGGAACGGUCCCUGCAUUAACAAGGAGAGCAGUCUGGAGAGUGCGGCCAGGUGCUCCAAGGAGCCAAGAGCUCAGCCUGCCGCCAUCAGCUUCCUUGGGGCGCUCCGGAUCCCGGGUGUGGUUGAGUUCUCCUUGUGCCUGCUCUUUGCCAAGCUGGUCAGCUACACCUUCCUUUACUGGCUGCCCCUCUACAUCUUCAAUGUGGCUCACUUUAGUGCCAAACAGGCCGGGGACCUGUCUACCCUCUUCGAUGUUGGUGGCAUCAUGGGCGGCAUCAUGGCAGGGCUCAUCUCGGACUACACCAAUGGCAGGGCCACCACCUGCUGCGUCAUGCUGAUCUUGGCCGCCCCCAUGAUGUUCCUGUAUAACUACAUUGGCCAGAACGGGAUUACCAACUCCAUAGUAAUGCUGAUCGUCUGUGGGGCCCUGGUCAACGGCCCUUACGCGCUCAUCACCACUGCGGUCUCUGCUGACCUGGGAACUCACAAGAGCCUGAAGGGCAACUCAAAGGCACUCUCCACUGUCACGGCCAUCAUCGACGGCACUGGGUCCAUAGGUGCUGCUCUGGGGCCUCUGCUAGCCGGGCUGAUUUCCCCCACAGGCUGGAACAAUGUCUUCUACAUGCUCAUCUCUGCCGACAUUCUGGCCUGCUUGCUCCUCUGCCGGUUGGUGUACAAAGAGCUCCUAGCCUGGAAGUCAUCCCUGAGCAGAGACAGAGGCUCUAGUCUGGCCCUAACCCACCCGCGGUAGUAUUUUCCUCAAGUCCCAUGACUUUGUAUAAAGAGAUAUGAAGUCCUGAUUCGAAGAGAAGCACGGAGGGCCCCAGCUGAUGCCCAAAGUGCUCCCUCCUGCCCCCUCACUGGGGGCAAGACAAUGGAACCGGCCACAGACGGGCUGACAGGGCCGCAGAGAGGCUGGGAGGUUCUCGGCGGGAAGGGGCCUGCCAGCAUGAGGGAUGCAGGACUCACGGCCCUGAGCUCUGGAAGCGCAAGCAGAAGGGUUGGGGAUCAGAGCUGAGUGGUGUCUCCAGCUUGGUAAGGGAAGGAUAUGCUCAGACUCUUGCUUGUUCAGAUUCCAAGACAGAAGGCAGGGGCCUGACAUGGGCCAAGGCCUGGCAAAGGUGUGUCUCUCCUUCCCAUGUGGAAAGUGAACCUCAGUGAUCGGCCUGUCCCUGUCCAUGGAUUUCUGACCCUGUUUCAGAGCCGCCCAUCCUCGCUUCCUUCCUUUGUCCACGAGCCAGUUCUCUCGUGUAUUUCCCCAUGUUGGAAGCCCUUCUACCCUGCAUUGGAUCCUCUUUCUGACUCCUGACCCGAGCCAAUUAAAGUGUUGUUGUUGCUGA